AUGAAGCCAUCUCACUGUAGCCUGUACUUGACCAACAAUGAGUGCAUCACAAAGUUUGGUCCAAAUUACAACCACGGCUUGCAAGACAAAAUCGAGUCCCCUAUUCCAUGGAUCGGCAUGUACACUGCAGCAGCUUCCGCAGCCUUCUCCCUGGCCAUGGCAGCCGACGCAGUGAGCGCCAUCCGAAACAAGAAGCUGUGGGUCCCAUGUAAACGUUUCUCUCUCAAUGCUUCCCUGACCGUCUUGGCUAUCGCCAUGAAGCUGCCCGUCGACCUCACGACUCGGAUGCCCAGAAUUAAUGACAAGCUUUCGCGGGUCAGCAGCCUCGUCCUGAUGUCCACCGCAAUAGCUAAUUUCAUGCCGUCCCUGGGAGCCAUGGAGGACAAUGAGAUCCCGCCAAAUUUAGCCGCACUCGCCAUUUUUGUGGUCACGGUUGCCGGCAACGUUUUCAUUCACGUGGUCAAACUGAGGAAUUUUUACGUCGCGAGAGUGACGCUAGCUGAGAAAACGGCUUCCACCGUUUUCGUGCUACUUCUGCUCGUAACACUAUGUUCCCUGGCCGUGAUGGUCCCUAUUGCGAGGCGGCACAUGGAGUCGCGGUACAAGCAAAUGCACGAGAAGAUAAUGAGUUCAUCAGGAGGAUUAAUAAACCUCUUAGCCGGCGAGCUUAGGGUGGUAGUGAGAAAAUAUUGGGUGAUGGCCGAGAGCCGAGCCCUGCAGUUAGUCGUGGCACGGUCCGCCGCGGGCGCUACCUCGGGCGCUUUGUCUAUGUUGGCGGCUCUAACUCUUGUGGAAGCUUACGUCCGGUUGACUUUCGUCUACAGGGAUGCGCGGCGCCUGACGUCCAACUACAAGUGGUCCGUAAAUUGGAUCUUGUGCAUUCAAUCUUUGGGCGUGGUGUUGGGAAUGGUUGCUCCACUUUUGAGAUGGUUCUCGGCUGCUCAGCUGAAGAGCACCGAGAUCGGACGGAGGAGCUUAAUGGAAGAGCUUCGGGUCGAGGCUCACUGGACCCAGUUGCUCAAGGACUGGAGGGACCGACCUCUGCCCUUGAGAACUGGACACCACCAGUUCAGGAAAGCCGCCCACGAAUCAAAGAGGCUGCUCCUGAGCCUCUGCAUAGGGCUUCAGAUCCUGACCGUCCGUGUCAACAAACUGAUUCUACUCGGCUCGGCCGUCCUCGUGAGAGGGCUUACAUGCUGCUACAACACCUCAGUGGGACCGGACGAGAUGGACAUCGGCCGCUAUGUUCUUCUGCUGGAGGGCGAAGCGGAGCUGCCACAGCAGGCUGUGGUGGGCAUAGGUGCGGAAUUCCGUAGCCUGAGCUCGCAAGAGCCGCCCAACUGCUGGGCCCUGCCGCUGGUCACCCUGAAGAGCAUCGCCAUUUCGCUCGCGGACAGUGGGCCCGCUAGUCGACUACUGGGUGCCGUAGGCCAAGGCCUGUACUUCACCAGGAUAAUAGAGAAAGCCCUCGACCCGAAUGGGAAGCUGACGGGUGUAAGGAACGCGGCCGAAACCGUGUGGGUGAGGCUAGAGCUAUACCGGAAGUGGCAGGGCGAGGAUCUGCGGAGGAGACCGGGAGCUCUGACGAGGCUGUCCAGCAGUGCCGAGAAGACCGUCAGGCAUUUCGUGGAGGAGCCUUCAAACAGAUUCUUGAGAAGCGACCCCCUCAACUGGCCAGCCAAGGUCAUAGCUGCAAACUCAAUGUACAGGAUAACCCAGACACUAACAAUCAUGUUGGAGGGGGAUAAUGAUGAUGGGCUGUUUGAUAAAGUGGAGAUAGUGAUAUCUGACAUAGUGGCAGCUUGCCUCACAAACAUGGCAAGAGUGAUAAGCAAGGCCGUGAGAGGAGGGGAAGAGAGCAUGUGCCGGGCUGCUCUUCUUUUGGGCGAGUGCGAGGAGGUUCUUGAAACCCUCGAGCGGACGCGUGUCCUUCCGGAUGUCAGUCCGGACAAUGCGGCCACUGUUGACGGGUGGAGGGCUUUCUUGGAGCAAGAGUAUUGA